CUUUCUUUUGGUACUUCCGGUCCGUCAAAAUGGUACGUAUCUUACAUGUUAAAAUAUUAGUUCUAUCCAUCAUCAUCUUUUAAUUUUUAUUCGAAAUUAGUAUUAUUAGUUUUUAAAAUUUUGUCAAUCAUUCAAUACUAACCGUAUUUAAAAAGUAAAAGCAAGAACGCAAUAUAUCUAUAUUUAAUUUUUCAAUUUCAUGUUGCUUACUGUAUUAUCGAUAACUCCGUUCUUUUAAUUACAAUUACAGAAUUAUUGUAAUCUUAUACAGUUAGCCUUAAAUUGUCGCAUAAGUGAUUACUUAAAUUUAAGAGUAUUUUCGGAAAAAUACUUGGACAUCAUUCGUCUUAAGUUUUUCCUAGACUUUUCACUACAAAUCACUAGACCGAGUGAACAAAAUUAAUAGACAAACAUCAACCAGAAGUGCAGUUGCCUUGGCCUUCUUGUGCUAUUUUACUAGGCACCCUGAAAUUUAUACUUGCUGACUACUUCUCUGCAUGUUUACAGUCAAGAUUAUAAUAUAAACCCUGCCAGGCGAUAAAGUGUCCACGUAUCAAGCUAGCUGUGCAUUGUGGCAUUGGCCUAGGCCAAAAAAGCCUAAAUAUUAAAUAUUAUUUUUUGUUACCUUCAUCUUAUGUCAAAGUUAAGAUCAUAUUACUUACAGCAGGGGAAGUUUAAGUUUUUUCCUAAGAAAAGAUCUCAUUAUUUAAAACAACCAUUGACCUGUUCUGUUACCUGUAAUUUUACUAAUUAACAGCUUAGAUUAAUUUUUGCUACAAUUAUUUCUCUCCAGACCAAGGGUACAUCCAGUUUUGGUAAGCGGCACAACAAAACCCACACCUUUUGCCGCAGGUGUGGGCACAGGGCUUUCCACAUUCAGAAGAAAACAUGUUCUAGGUGUGCCUACCCAAGCCCUCGUCUAAGGCAUUGUAAGUUUAUUUACUUUAUUAAAGCCUAGUUGAUUUAAAUCAUAAUUUGGCCUGCUGACAGUUACUUGUUUGAUUUUGCUUGUUUAAUUUUUAGUUAACAGUAACUUAAGGGAUUUUCCAAGUGCAGUGAUGUCAUUUUGGGGAAUCCCAACACUUGACCACUUGCUAGUCCUGAACAGUGUGUGUAACUUUCCUAUUCUUUUCUUAGCAUUACUCAUGUCAUACACUAAAUCGGUGUCUAAAUUGGGCCAAACUCAGGUUCAUGGUCUUGAGUUCUUUCCCCACAAAUGCCCAUUCUAGCAAAAUCACCUCCAGUCCAGCCUCCAGCACACCGGGUGGAUGGGAAGUUAACCUUGGACGGCAACUCAUCUAAGAGAAGAAAACUCUGAAUUGAAACCCAAAGAUGGAGUCCCCUGGGCCGAUAACAUGGACACAAUGAAACAUUCCGACAUUGGCACUAGUGCCAAGCUAUAUCAUCCACAUGAUGUUCCCUUGGAUUAUCCAGCACCGUUGAGAUAGGCGAUUUGCUGUGUAUAUAAAAAUCUAAAUCUUUUGAAUCUAAAGACUAAAGUAAAGUAGACCUUAUAUACUGUGGAACACAUCGCUGGCCUUACUGCUAACCCACUUCAGCCAGUUUUGCCUUCUUUCAGUCUGUUAGAUAUUUAUCACCUGUAGCCUUUUACUUACAUUAAUGACAGCUAUGUAGUAAUUGUAGUGUGCCUUUUUGUUAUAAAUAACACUUCUGUUUUUUUAGGCCUACAGCCAUAAUAAGUAUGGUGUAUGGGUUAUAAAAGUCCCUAGUUUUAUUUCUUGUUGCUAGCUAUAGAAACAUAUAUAUGCCUGAUACACAUCCCAUGUUAACACAGUCUCACUGUAGAGUCAACAAAUUCUACUUCUUCCUUUGCUAGUGCAGUAUUCAGCUGUUACCUGCAACACAGCAUGCAUGUCUUUCAAUGAAUAAGUGCAGCUUUUUAAAAUUUAAUUUCUUUUACUUGAUAUUGUUUUGGUAACAUAAAAGUUCUUUAAAUGUACUGUAUCUGUAAAGCAUUGUUGUAUGUAAUUUAUGGGUGGUUAUGUCUAUAAAAUAGGCCCCCUGCUGAAAGAUCUACAGUUAAAUUCUAAACAAACCCUGUUAGCUGAUUGGCGCUGAAAAAUAUUUGUUUAUUGCCAGCCAAUAAUAAAGUAUUUGAAAAUGACAUGUCCCCAUUGGUCUAAGUAACUUACCUCCAAACAAAUGCCUCGCUAUUUGUCCCAGUAAUAUUUAGUAGUGAUUUUAUAGUGUGAACUUAGCUUUGGAUGAAUAAUAUUUUUCCGAUUUUUAUAGUCGCGACACCCAAAGAAAAAAAAGGCUGCGACUCUUCGUACCCGGGUACUAGAAGGGAGAUUUUGGGAUUAAAAACUAUUCAAAAUAUUAUUGUUGGGUUUGUAAGACAAAUUGAGGUAUCGAAUGAAAGAUAAUUGAAUGGAAUAUGUUUGUUAACUUACUUCUUCAGUUUAACUAAAAUAAACUACCGGUACCACAAAUGACAUUCAAAUAGCUUGAGUCUAAUGGUACCCGGGUGCGAAUGGCAGCACUGCGUGUCAGUGGCCAUCUUUACUCAGUGCUAUUCGGAUGUCAUUUGUGGUAGUUUUAUUUUAAACUAAGAAUUAUGUUUACAAACAUAUAUUCCAUUUAACUAUCUUUCAUUUGAUACAUCAUUUUGUCUUACAAACCCAACAAUAAAAUUUUAAAUAGUUUUUUAAUCCCAACUCUCACUUCAGGUACCAAGGUACGAAUAGCCACUUCUGGAAAAAAAUGUUACCGAUAGUGUUUAAAAAUGAACUUGGGCUUAGGACAGGUAGCUACAAAAUAGUUUUUCCAGGAAGAAACACCCCUUAUUUUUUUAAACUUAUAGAAUUACCAUUGCAUGGAUAACUUACAUGUGAAGCAAACAUUACUGAAUACAAUUCAAUUCCUUUUUGGGUUCCCACAAGUAUACAGUUUAUUUUUAAAAGAGUUCUCUUAUGUAGAAUGUGGUUACAUUGAAUGAUUUAACAUACAGUGAAUUUAAUACAAGUCAAAAGUUUCAUUGUAAACGACAAUCAAUUCUCUAUUUUUUAAAUUUUCCAAGUAUGAGAAAAUUCAUGGCAAAUAUAAAGCUUUAUGGUUAAUGUGAUGUCUUUGCAUACAUUAGGGUAUCCUCAAAUGUUAACUCAUUCCCGACGUUUGCGACUAAAUGCGUCCUUUACGGGUUUCGUCGGAUACGUCCCUGCGCAUAGCGACACACCUCUCAUAUCUAUUUAAAAAUAGCAAUGAAAUCUCGCAUCCCUCGAGCCUUCCGGUGAUGGCGUGGUUCAGCGUGAUUUUAAUUUAAAAACCGGAAGUUUUUAUCUUGUUUCACUUUAAAACUACAUAUGCUUUAGUACGGCACGUCUUUAUGUAGCAUGUGUUCGUCCGAGGUGCCGAAAAUCAAUUUUUUGGCCAUUGUUCGUUAUUUUUUCCCCACUAAUGUUAUAUUAUAUUAAACCUUAUUCAUUCUUUGUUGCAUUUGUUCUUAAUUCGUUAACAUUAAAUAAUAUUUAGCAGCUUAAAUAAAUAUUUUAAAAUGUAAAUCAAUUGCAAGACAAGUUACUUCCCUUUCUCAGGCAAAUAAAUUAAAUAUGGAAGUAGCAUUGCAGGAGGAAAUGAGUUCAUAAGUUUCAACAGUAGUUAAAUGAUUACAUAUUUUCAUUGGUACUAACAGAAAAACAUAACGACCUCCUAUUAUCUAAUUUAUUGGAAAAGCAAAUUUAUUGUUUCAGCUAUGUUAGAACUUUAUUUAACUAUGAUCAAAAUAAUUUUAAGUCGGCUCAUUGUUUUGCUACUUUUCUUUAUUUCAGACAAUUGGUCUAAGAAGGCUCAGAGGAGGAAGACAACUGGUACUGGAAGAAUGAGGCAUCUUAAAGUUGUUUUCAGGAGAUUCAGGUAUUUUCAGAAUUGAUCUGUUAUUAGAUUAUUCUGUAUCAAGUAUUCUGCUUAAUAUCUAUUCAGUAGUUUGCAUUAGUGCAGAUCACAUAAAAGCAGUCUGGUCUUAUGGAAAAGUUGGAGACGCCUUGUCAAAACUUAAACAGGUUUACCUAAAGAAAGAAAAAGCAAUAUAUUAACUCUCUGGUGGCUUAGUUUUAACCCACAUAUUGUCAAGGUUAUUUAAUUCCAGUAACCUUGAAGUUGAGCACUAAGAUACUCUAUAUUGAUACAUACAUGGUUUGAAAUUAAUUUUGGCAAAUCAUGAAUUUUGUAAUUAUGUAAUCUAAGGAGUUAGAAGUGUUCUCAUUGACCAAUGGACCCACUGUGCAUACUUUCAAAGGAGCUCUUCAUUUCAUACCUCUUAAACAUUAAUCAUCUAUAGGUUAUUAUGAUUUAAAAGCUGUGAAGUAGUCCCUGUCAACUUUGUUGAAAACUUUAUGUCAACUGGUUUUCUUCCUCUUUUUUUCUGACAAUGCUUAUGUGGGCCAGCCUACAAUGUCAAAUGUGGCUUUUUGACUAUAAUGCAAAUGAAUUAACGGUUCAUAUACCCGGUCUCAGAUAUACAGUACCAUACAGUGGUCUGAAGUCACUACAUCAGACCAUAUGUGAUGAUAAUUACAAUAUAUUGCAGUUCCUUUUUUUGCCAUAUUAGAUUGAUUAAAUAGGCUGUUGAAUAAUGAUGAACUAAUCUGAUUUUAGGGUGAAUGAUAAUUUGUAUAUACAUGUAUGUACACACUUUGCCAAGUCUCCUUCUUGCACCCCUGUGAGGAUAGCAUGAACUAUUUUCUCCUACCAUUUACAUCUUUUGUAACUCAGGGGUCAUUAUGACUGUUAUUGUUUCAUCUAUUUUUCAAAUCAAUAUUAUUCUCAUUUUUAUUUUGCAGAAAUGGUUUCCGAGAGGGUACAGUCCCCAAACCCCGUAAUAAGGUUGCUGCCCCAGCUUCCUCUGCUGUUGCCACUAAAUAAAUUUAAUAAAUUGGUUGCCCAUGUACUCUAUUUUAUUGUUUUUCAAUUUUUGUGUGUUCUGUUUUAUGUACAGAUACCGUUUCAUUUAAAAAAAAAUUUUUUUUAUUUGGAGCCAUCCAUCAGUGACUUCAUGCAAAACAUUUCCCUAAAACUACUAACACAGAUCAACCCCUGGGGUACUGAAAACCCAGAGGAAAUCAUACAAGACAUUGCUGUUAUUGAUAGAGUCAUAAGAAAUGUCAUCCCAGUUGAUGUAGAAGCCCUAAUUCUAAAUAUGACUCCACAUUUUGAAAAUUCUCAUGAAUGACAAUGUCACUACAUGCUGAUUCUCCUCUGUGGGUUGCAGCCUGUAACUUGAUCAGUUGCCAUUUUGGGACAUGGCAUGUCUCUCCUUGAUCUUUUAGUAAUCCUAGUUAUUAUAAUUGAAGAACAAAAAAAUUUGUGUAAUGUCAUUUUUAAAUUUAAAUGUUCUGGUUUUAAGUAGGCAUUCUAAAUGAAAAUUUCAUAAUGAAUAUAUUUUAAGCUUUGUCACAUGACAUUGCUUAACCCCCUCUCAUGGACUGUCAUGUCAUUUAAGGAUGCCCCCACCCCUUUUUUUAAAAUGUUAGUUCCAAAUAGUUAUACACCUUCAUCCUCCCAUCACAUUAACAAUAAAUUAACAUAGCUAUGCAUGUCAAAAAAACAAUGAGAUUGACCUGUAUGUUUUAUAAAUAUAAGUUAGCUGUUUCUUUAUGAAUAAGAGUGAAGGCUGUUUGUUCUUUAUUCAAUAAAGUAACAGUAUUACAAUAGAGGGAAGGGAUAUACCAUAAUGUACUACUACUGUAAGUUGUACUAUAUAUUAAUUUUGAUAUGUGCUAUGCUGGUACAAGUCUGGUUUUGUAGCAAUCGUAGUAGUAGGUACCGGUACUCCAAACCAAUUUUCCAAACUAUAAUAUUUUUUGAGUGUUUAAGAUGCAAGAUCUAAGUCUAAGAA